AGCACCCCGCAGUGAGGCCCAGGGGAAAGGCUCCGUCCCCUCACCCCCAGCUGCUGGGAAUGGGGCGGGGGUUGGGGGUUCCUGUCCCUGGACUCUGCUGAGGGGCUCCACUUCCUGUGGCAGCCUCUGGCUAGUAGGUGUGUGAUAACCGGGAAGGCCCCUACCCUCCUCCACCGGCUGCGGGGGACAAGGAGCUCUCCCCUUCUCCCCACCCUGAAGCCUCCUGGCUGCUCUGAGCAGGGUGGGGUGGGAUUCUGCUACCCUGUUACACUCUCCCCCACAAGCUUCUGUUUUAUCGGCUCUCCUCCCCCAUGACUAGUGGGACUGUGGCUGGGGCAGCAGGUGCUGAGCGGGGGACUCUUGGUGUUUCAGAUGCCGGUGACCUUCGAGGAGGUGGCUAUUUAUUUCACCCAGGGGCAGGGGGCUCUGCUGGACCCCGCUCAGAGAGCCCUCUACAGGGACGUCAUGCAGGAGAACUACGAGACGGUGACCUCGCCGGCAGUUCCCCUUUUGCUGGGCCCCGGGAACGACUCGUGUCUGGAUUCUCUCUCUGUCCCAGCAGCUGGUAAGAUGGGCAGUGAGAACGGGGAGGAGAAUCAACGGCAGGAAGGCCUUGGACAAGCGGAACUGCGCACAGUGUUAUCAGUGACAUCAGAAAGGAACGUUCCCCAGAGUCACACACAGGACUCUGGAAAUCAAUGCGGGUCAGAGAGGCAGCUGGGAAACCAGCCAGGGGAGAACGUGGCUCAAGCCAUUCCCCGUGUGGGAGGAUGCAACGAUCUCAAAGAAACCACAGUCCAGCCGAGAAUCCACGCCAGAGAGAGAGAUAAUACGUGUGCGGAGUGCGGGAAAACCUUUCAUUGGCGCUCCUAUCUUAUUAGACAUCAGAGAACCCAUACAGGGGAGAAAUCCUAUAAAUGCCUCGAUUGUGGGAAAAGCUUCAGUCAGAGCUCACUUCUCCUUAGACAUCAGCGAACCCACACGGGAGAAAGACCCUAUAAGUGCCUCGAAUGUGGGAAAAGUUUCAGUGACAACUCGCACCUCAUCGCCCAUCACAGAAUCCACACGGGCGAAAGGCCCUACAAAUGCCUUGAGUGCGGGAAAAGUUUCAUACAGAGCUCCGUUCUUGUUGCCCACCAGAGAAUCCACACCGGGGAAAGACCCUAUAAAUGUCCCGACUGUGGGGAAAGCUUCAGUCGGACCUCAGAGCUGAUUGUGCAUCACAGAAUCCACACGGGCGAGGAACCCUACAAAUGCCUGGACUGUGGAAAGACUUUCAAUCGGAACUCCAACUUUGUGGUACAUCAGAGACUGCACACGGGGGAGAGGCCCUGUAAAUGCCUGCACUGUGGGAAAAGCUUCAGGCAGAGCUCCAACCUGAUUGCACAUCAAAGAAUCCACACAGGAGAGAAACCCUACAACUGCCUAGAAUGUGGGAAAAGCUUCAUUCAGAGCUCACAGCUCAUUACCCAUCAGAGACUGCACAGGGGGGAGAAACCCUACAAAUGCUCGGACUGUGGGAAAGGUUUCAACCUGAGCUCCAGCCUCAUUAGACAUCAGGGAAUCCACACGGGAGAGAAACCCUAUUACUGCCUUCACUGCGGGAAAAGCUUCAGCCAGAGCUCCCAACUCAUUGUGCACCAGAGAAUCCACGCAGGAGCCAAACCCUGUGAUGGGGUGGCGGGUGAGACCAAACCUCAGCGGGAAGGUCUUGACCAAAUGGAACUGCAGGGGGCGUUAUCGGAAAGAUCUGAAGGGAAUGUUUGCUGGAGUUCUGUGCAGGGGAAAACCUGGGAGAGUCAGUGCGGGUCAAAGAGGCUGCAGGGAAAUGAGCCUGGGGAAAAAUGCCUUGAAUGUGGGAAAAGCUUCAAUCAGCGCUUGCACCUUGUGGUGCAUCAGCGAAUCCACACCAAAGAGAGACCCUAUAAAUGCAGCGAGUGCGGGACAAGCUUUGUUCACAGCUCCCACCUUAUCGUGCAUCAGAGGAACCACAAGGGGGAGAGACCCUAUAAAUGCCUCGAGUGCGGGAAAAGCUUCACUCAGAGCUCGAGCCUGAAUGUGCAUCAGAGAACCCACACAGGAGACGAACCAAAAUGCCUCGACUGUGGGAAAAGCUUCGAUUACCGAUAGCACCUUGUAGUGCAUCAGAGGAUCCACACAGGGGAGAAACCCCAUAAAUGCUUCGUCUGUGGCACCAGUUUCGUUCACAAAUCAAACCUUAACGUGCACCAGAGAAUCCACAAGGGAGAGAGACCUUACAAAUGCCUUGACUGUGGGAGAACAUUCAAAUCCAGCUCAAACCUUAGCAGGCAUCAGAAACAACACACAGGAGAGAAAUCCUAUACGUGCACUGAGUGUGGGGAGCGGUUUGUUGAGAACUCCGGCCUUAUUAAAAAUCAGAGAACCCACACAGGGGAAAAACCCCAUAAAUGCUUUGAAUGUGGGAAAAGUUUCAACUGGAGCUCAAACCUGUUUGCACAUCAGAGAACCCACACCGGCGAGAGACCGUAUAAAUGCUUGGACUGCGGGAAAAGCUUCAAUCAGAGCUCAAACCUCUUUCAACAUCAGAGGAUCCACACAGGAGACAAACCCUAUAAAUGCUCCGACUGCGGGAAAAGUUUCAUUCAGAGCUCCGUUCUUAUUACGCAUCGGCGAAUCCACACGGGAGAAAGGCCCUACCAAUGCCUCGACUGUUGGAAGACAUUCAGUCAGAGUUUGGAACUGAUUUCUCACCGGCGAAUCCACACGGGGGAGAGGCCGUAUAGCUGCCUUGUCUGUGGGAAAAGCUUCAACUGGAGCUCAGCGCUUACUGUGCAUCAGAGGAUUCACACCGGAGAAAAACCUUAUGAAUGCACCGGCUGUGGGAAAAGUUUCAGCUGGAGCUCCACCCUUGCUAGACACCAGAGGCUGCACACUGGAGAGAAUCCCUCGAAUGUGGAAGAAGCAUCAGCUGGGCUCUGACUGUAUCCUGCAUCAGCAGAUCAGCAUAGUAAAGAGACCUCUUAAAUGCUCUUAGCAGGGAAAAUCCUUCAGGUGGCGCGAAUGCCAUAUUGGACAUCAGAGACUCCUCCACACUGGAGGGAAAAUUGUAUCAGUGCCCAGGUUAGGGCUGGCCAUAGUUUAAAAAAAACAACAUUUCCUCAUUCCUACACACAUCAGGGGCGUUUGGCUCCCAAGGAUAUGGCUGCCCAUUGCUGGGGUGAGGAUACAGCAGCAGCCGAGCAGCAGCUGGUCAGUGACCCUCUGGCUCUGCAAACCCCAGGCAGAGGAGGAGAAGCCCCGAUCAGCCCCUCCUCCCUGCUGCAACCCUGGCUGCUGAGCUGAUGGGCCACAGGUGGGGGAAGGGAGAGAGAGAAACUCCUCCAGACGCUCCCUCUGUCUGGCUGAAGUUCCCCCCUCUCCCUUCCCCUUCCAGCCGGGAUCCCCCUGUCAUGGAGAUGAGGAGAACGACACUUGGGCCAGCCCCACUUUCACCCUAGACACCUGUCCCCACCCCCUGUCUUCCACCAGCCCCUGGGCUGCGCUCUCCCACUUACCUGGAGCUGUUCCCUGCAGGGCGAGUGUCCCUGGGGGCUGGUAACUCCUCCCCUCCCUGAAUCCCCCAGGGUGCUGGGCUCUGGGGGAUCAACUGUGGAGGGACGGGUUUUGGGCAGGGAACUAGAGGAUCGAAUGGUUGGGGCUGAAGGAGAUGGACGUGAAAGGGGACUGGGUGCUGGGGUUAUUGAAUGUUUGGGGAUCAUGGGAUAAGAGGGGUGAGGUGCGGUUAGGGAGGUCCUGUCUCCCAUCAUUAACUCCUCUUCCCCUUUUCCCUGCCCACAUUCACAAAUUCAGAGGGACUGAUUUUCACUGGGCCUCUGGUGGGGGACUUUGAAAAGCCCUGAAUCUAGGAAUCCCACCUCAGUCCUAGAAGCAUCGACCGCUGAGGGUCUGUCUAGACUAGGAAAAGCGGUCCGGGUUAGCUAGGUCGUUUCCUAGUGGCCCAGACCAAGCCUCCGCUUCUUUGCCUAGUCCCGACUCAUUCAGAGCCACUCAUGUUCCUCGUUUCAGUUUCCAAGUUUCCCCUCCAGGGACAGAUUGGCUCCCUCCCAGCGAGUCUCAGCUCUCUCCCACUUCUCCUGAAGAGCAGUGGGGUGGAUUUUUUCCUUUGUGGGUUUUGUUUAUAAAUAUAUUUAUAACACCUAAUGACAUAGAUUAUAAAAGAGUUGGAGUGGGGAUGGACGAUAGGUUGUUUCAGCCUCUGUGUUUGGAGAGGGUGAGGAGAUGAACUGAAAGGAUUCCUGCCCUGUUCCUCAAAGGUGUUAUGGCUCCUAAUUGAAAUCAACCUGCCCCCCAUCAGGAUCCUGAUUCCUCUCACCACAGAAGCCUCUGGUCCAAACUCUGGAGAGUUUAUCCUCCUCUUUAAGGCUGUGUCUACACUACAAAGAUAAAUCGACCUCUGUUAGGUCGACUUACAGCUGCUUCAUGAAUUACUGCCACGGUGCAUGUCCACACUACCCUCUUUGAUCACUGGGAGUGUGCUUAAGAGGCUAGACGCUGCUGCUUUCCUGACUGCCACAUUGCCACCACGAUUGGGAGUGGAGCUAGCUACAUAGGUGCUGGAAGUAGGGGGCAGCCGCACCCCCUGGCUUGAAGUGGUUUCCAUCAUAUCCAGGGUUUGCAGUUUGGUUCAAUAGCUUGCAGCCCUCCACUGUACAAAUUGUUCCAGCACCCCCGGCUAGUUAGAUCAAAGCGAGGGCGUGUCUACCCCUGCUGCGGGUACCCAUGGGUGGCGGGUAUCACAGGCCGGGGUAGGCUGAGCCUCUCCAAAGAGCCAGGCCUAGCUCUGUCCACGCUUUGCCCCCAGAUCCCUUCCUGCUCUGGCUCCCAGUUUACCUGUGCCGUGGGGCUACCUCUGGGGGCUGCACCGCCCAGCACUCCGGAGCUGGGGCCGCGCUGCCUGCCUUCCCAGUGCUCUGGGGCUUGGGGGGGGGCUGGGGCCAUGCCCGGCGCUCCGGGGCUGGGACCAUGCCGCCCGCCUGC